AUGACAUUGAUAGGAUUACGUGAAGUUUCAUUAUGUUCAAAGCUUUUUUAUCACAACAAAACUAGACAACAAACUCAUUCUAAUGGAGCAGUGCGUGGCGUGUUUCGGUUGGUCAUUGAAAUACUCAAAACAAUAAAAAAUCAAUAUGUGCGGUUUUUAAAAUAUCAAGAGUUGAUUUAUCUUCAUAGAAAAAAUAUUCGACAGAAACUUUCAUUACACGAGAAUGAAAAGUAA